AGCCGGUUUUGUUGUUCCAGCGCGUGAGGUUUCAGUUUCCAUUAUUUUUUUGCCUGGCAUGCUAGUGCCCAAGGCAACUGGUGCGAUGGACUUGUUGGAUUUGCCGCAAAAUAUCCAACCACGUGAGCUCAGUCAUUCCCCGUCCUCCGCUGCAUUCUCUCUGAGCGUGAUGUCUAUCCGUGAGCAAGAUGGUGCUUCACGGGGUGGAAGCAGGAGAUCAUCACCAUCACCAAAGAUGCAGUCAAACCCUUCGAGCAGUCCGAACCCAUCACCCAAAAGCGGAGACUCCUCUCCCCAACGCGAAGCAGCUGCGGCAGCCAAAUCUGCGUUCCAGAAGAGGAGGAGCAUGUCUUUGCUUUCCAGCCAGUCUGAGACUCACAUCAAGGCCUACGAAGUCCGCAAAAGCUUCAAGAAACCUCAGAAUUGGGUCUUGAUCUUUGGCUGGUUCUUGGCUUCCUGUGCAGGAUUUGUCAACACGGUGGCUUUCCUAAGUUGGCAGAUGUUUGUUUCCCAUAUGACGGGCACUUCAACAAAGAUCGGACUUCAGAUCGAAGGCUACCAUAGCCAGCCAAGCGAGAUGUGGAAGGCUUUUGGCUUGGUGGGCAUGUUUGUUUUUGGUGCCUUCACCUGUGGAUUGCUCAUCGACAAGAAUCAGGUGCACUUUGGGGGCAAGUCUUGGUAUGGAUUUGCGUUGGUGCUCAAUGGUCUCCUGCUGAUUACAGCUGCAUUGCUUCCGGAUGCUCCAAUAUGCUCCUGCUAUUUAGCCUCGAUGGCCUGUGGCCUUCAGAAUGCCAUGUGUACCUCGCACUUUGGCGCAGUGGUGCGCACUACACAUGUGACCGGCACUUUGACGGAUAUCGGUUCCAUUUUGGGACGUGUAGCUGUCAUGCAUCUUCGAAAAGGUUGCCGUCGAUCGAAGUUCAACGUGCUGGAAAAGGCUGAACUGGGCGUGGACCUGCGAAAACUCUUAGUGUUGCUGCCGAUGUGGGUUUCCUUUGUCAUGGGAAGUACCUUCGGUGCCCUCGCAGAAAGCAUCCUGGGCCAGCACGCUCUUUUCAUCCCUGCCUUUGCCACAACCUUCCUGGGUGUGGUGUACAUGACCUUAAGGCAAGUCUUGUCUGACCUGUUUCAACAGCUGGAGCAGCAGUCCCUGCGAGAGAAACUCCACGAGGUUCACUCCGCCUUGUGGCGUGCCAAUACAAGUAUGGUGGAUGGUGACGCAACUGCCGAGCUUGAUGAGAUUGACGAAGAGAUUGGCGAAAUGAUGCACCACUUGGAGGCUCCGCCAGAAAUGAAGUUGUGAGGCUCUCCGGUGCGGGGGAGGUGGUUAGACUUUUCUCAAGUUUCCUUGGAGGGAGGUGGAAACGCCGCCCUGGCCGCUCUGCAAUGGCAAGUCAGUGAAGGCCAAAGACAGGAUGGAGGGCAGAGGGGAGGACAUGCACCGAAACAACACGUGGAUCCUGCUCUGGC